CAACACUACAACAGUAACAGUUCACCCCGACAGCGUCUUCUCUCAGGCCUCAACAACUCCAUGACGACUUUUCUUUAGCAGCCACCACCUCCUCCCCCUCCAUUUCCAGCAGCCAUAUACACCUAUACAACACAGAGAGAAAUUGUUUUUAGAGAGAGAUUUUAGAGAGAGAAACAAAAAAUGGGUUGUGGGGAUCUCUUCUUUUCACUGCUUAUAACCUUCUCAGCAGCCCUUAUAACAUACAAUAUCCUUAUAUCAGCAAAUGCACCACUUAAGCAAGAACUACCGGGUCCAUCAUCAAGAUCAUCACUUUUAGUUGACCCAAUUAUCAAGAUGCCAUUCGGAAGAUCAAGUUUUGGUAAAAAGAGACUGUUUCAUACAGCUGUGACAGCUUCUGAUUCUGUGUAUAAUACUUGGCAGUGUAGGGUGAUGUAUUAUUGGUACAAGAAGCAUAAAGAUGGACCCAAUAGUGAAAUGGGUGGGUUUACUAGGAUCUUGCAUUCUGGAAAGCCUGACAAGUUUAUGGAGGAAAUCCCGACUUUUAUAGCACAGCCUUUGCCUUCUGGGAUGGAUCAGGGCUAUAUAGUUCUCAACAGACCUUGGGCAUUUGUGCAAUGGCUUCAAAAAGCAGACAUAAAAGAAGAUUACAUACUGAUGGCAGAGCCAGAUCAUAUUAUUGUUAAGCCCAUCCCAAACCUAUCUAAAGAUGGCCUUGGAGCUGCAUUUCCUUUCUUUUACAUUGAACCUAAAAAGUAUGAAUCUGUCCUCCGAAAGUACUUCCCUGAGGAUAAGGGACCGAUAACAACCAUCGACCCCAUAGGAAAUUCUCCUGUCAUUGUUGGAAAGGAAUCUCUUAAGAAGAUUGCUCCCACUUGGAUGAAUAUCUCCUUAGCAAUGAAAAAGGAUCCUGAAACAGAUAAAGCUUUUGGCUGGGUGCUUGAAAUGUAUGCUUAUGCUGUUUCAUCUGCUCUACAUGGUGUUGGUAACAUCCUGUACAAGGACUUCAUGAUUCAGCCUCCGUGGGAUACAGAAAUUGGCAAGAAGUUCAUCAUUCAUUACACUUAUGGAUGUGACUAUGAUAUGAAGGGUAAAUUAACCUAUGGAAAGAUUGGAGAAUGGAGGUUUGACAAAAGGUCAUAUGAUAAUGUUGCACCCCCAAGAAACCUUCCCUUGCCUCCACCGGGUGUUCCAGAUAGUGUGGUUACUCUGGUGAAAAUGGUGAAUGAAGCUACUUCAAACAUUCCAAAUUGGGGAUCCUAAAGAGGAGACUGAUUGAAAACUGCCAAGGAAAUAUGGGUUUGCUACUUGAUACGAGUUGGCCCUUAGUAUAUUUUUGGGUGCCAUAUGUGAAAAGAUUGUGAAGAAUAGCAUGUAUUCUACAUCAAUUUGAAUCCCAUGCAAGCCUCUGUAAUCGUUGGAAGUUAGGAAACUGCAAUAUUCUGGCUGGUGAUGGUACUAAAUUGCGAAAAAGAAGCAUGCCUACUUACACGAAUAAAUUCGGAUCAGACUGCCACUAAUGGCUGAUGUACACUAACUUACAGUGUCUUCCAAUACAUAUCCGAUUGCUUGGGUAUUCCUGAAUGUUGUGUCACACUAGCCUUCUUCUGCACCUGGUUAGUUUUGAGUCAUGUAUUAUUUAUUGUUACAGGCAUGUUCGUUUUUCCAUAUGUUUGAUACUUUUGAACAGAUGAUAGUCUUCUCUUCUCGCAUGGAAAAGAAAAUAAUAAUAUGGGCAAUUCUAAAAA